GCUCGAACCGAGUUCGAACGUGUGUUAUGUUUAUAUGCUGUAGUUUACUUGAUUAAAAAUAUUCAGACAAAGUGAAACAAAAUGCAAGUUUCCGAAAUAGAUAAUGUAAAAAUUUACAAUUUAAGUGUUGGAAAAUCUAUACCAGAUUGGCUCUCUGAGAGGAAAAAACGUGCCUUAUUAAAGAAAAAUGUAGACUUACGAAGAAGAAUAGAACUCAUUCAAGAGUUUGAUAUGCCUGGUGUGAGCACCUGUCUAAAAGUGUCGAAAGAUGGGCAGUACAUAAUGGCAACUGGUAUUUACAAACCUAGAAUUAAAUGUUUUGAUGUUAAUAACUUAUCAUUGAAAUUUGAGAGGUGUAUGGAUUCUGAAGUCAUUAAAUUUGAAAUUCUUAGUGAAGACUACACAAAGAUUGUGUUUUUACAAUGUGAUAGAUAUGUUGAGUUUCAUGUGGGUCAUGGCCGACAUUAUAGACUCCGAGUUCCACGUUUCGGAAGAGAUAUAGCAUACCACAAGCCUUCUUGUGACCUCUUUGUAGUUGGAAAUUCCUCGGAAAUUUAUAGAUUGAAUUUAGAAAUUGGCCAAUUUUUAGCACCAUAUUCUACCAAAGCAACUGAAAUGAACUGUUGUUCUGUGAAUGAAGAACAUGGCUUAUUGGUUACUGGAACAGAAACUGGACAUGUUGAAGCUUGGGAUCCGCGCACAAAGACGCAACAAGGAAUUUUAGAUUGCGCUAUGCAUUGUACGGAUUCUAAAUAUGGAAACUGUAAACUGCCUGCUAUAACUGCAUUAAAAUUUGACGGUGCACUAAAUAUGGGUGUUGGAACAUCUACUGGACAUAUACUUCUUUAUGAUAUAAGAUCUAGUAAGCCUCUUCUAAUUAAAGAUCAUAUGAACGAAACGCCCAUAAAAUGUAUCGAAUUUCACAAAAGCAUGAACUAUAUAUAUUCCAUGGAUUCUGCAGUUGUAAAAAUUUGGGAUAAAACUACUGGGAAGCAAUAUACCAGCAUAGAAUCAUCAGUGGAUUUCAAUGAUUUGUGUGUUAUACCUAACACAGGAUUAAGUAUGAUGGCAGUCGAAGACCAAAAAAUGCAAAUAUACUACAUACCAUCAUUAGGUCCUGCUCCGAGGUGGUGUGCCUUUUUAGAUAAUUUGACAGAUGAACUUGAAAGUUCUGCUGCACAGACUGUUUAUGAUGAUUAUAAAUUUGUGACAAAACAAGAACUAGAAUCUUUAGGCUUGGAUCACUUGCUUGGCACUAAUCUUUUAAGAGCAUAUAUGCAUGGAUACUUUGUGGAUAUACGACUUUACAAGAGGGCAAAAUCGAUAGCUGAACCAUUUGCAUUUGAAAACUAUAAGAAACAGAAAAUAAGGGAAAAGAUUGAAGAGGAAAGACCAUCUAGAUUAAAAGUAGACGAAAAUCUUCCUAAAGUCAAUAGGGAGUUGGCAUCGAGGAUAUUGGGAGAUGAAGGGCGUAAGAAAAAAUACACCUGCAAUUUGCUUAAAGAUGAAAGAUUUAAGGAAUUAUUUGAGAAUCCUGAUUUUGAAGUAGAUAAAGAUGCUGCAGAAUAUCGUUUACUUAAUCCAGUUUUGUCGAGAAGGGAUAAAAACAAAGAAAACAAUUCAGAAAGCCAGAUCGCACAGGUGCCUGAAGCGGCAGAAAAAGAUUCUGACGCCGAGCUAUACGAGUCGAGCGAUGACGAUGCUGGGAGCUCGGACGAGGACCGUUCCUGGGUCAAAGAAGUUAAAAAACAACACAAAAUAAUUCGCAAGAAACAUGAACUAGAAGAGGACCUUGCAACAGACGGGAAAUUCUACGAAUUGAAUAGUGCACCGAAAACUACAAGUAGUAUUAAGAGCAUAACAAGAGUAAGCAAGAAAAGCUUGGGCGAUCGGCUAGCUAACGAAGGCUUCACAAUGGUCACUGGGACCAGCGGAAAUAGAGAAAUGAAAUUUACAAUGCGAGGGAAGAAAUCUAUAUCAGAUAAUCAGAAAAAAAUGAGGAAGCAUCACCAAGAGAGGAGGCAGAUUGUCCGAAAAACGGGAUAUUUAAUGAAAAAGAAAUUAAGUAAAUUCGAUCUCUGGGUCUAUGGAGUAAUAUUCAUUAUAUGUUUAGUAUCUUUUCUUAUUAUUGACAUAAUUGGGGUCACGUGCAUGGGGCAUCGGCUGGUCGAAAUGGGCAAUAAAGUGGACAGUGUUCAUUUUUUUAAUGAUUAUAUAGCUAGCGAUUUGCUGGAUAGCCAUGUACUAGGAAACGACAAAUGUUCUGAACCAGCUAUGGAGAGAUCUACUAGAUCCAGUCUUGAUGCCAACAGUGUUGAUAUCGGGGAAAUAACUGAGUCGCCUGAUGCCGAGUACAUGAGCACCUCAGCAAUUUUACAUUACUGUAAAUCCAAAAUUCUGAUCCCAUAUUUAAAAUUACUGACAAUCAUGGGCUUACGACCAGUAAUGGACGUCUCUAACACGUCAAGAUGCAUGAUUUGUUGUUCGCACUUUCAUUCCGCCCAGGUGGCAAUUCUUAUGCUCUUAGGAUAUAUUUUACAAUAUAUGGCAUGCUUUAGGAGAGAUAGAGGAUUUUGCUAUAAAUUAGUGCCGUUAGCAUUAACUUCGUCUUUAGAAUAUGACACAUAUAAAGAAGUAUGCUACGGGAAUGUUGCUUUUAUUUACAUAGGACCCAGCGUUUUACAUUUUUUGGGAUUCUUAUAUGCACUGUAUUUAUUUCGGGUUUCCGAUAACGAACAGUUACAGAAUUUGAUGGAAAGAGUUUUUCUUCUAUCUUCGUAUGCGCCACGAGGAAUGCCAACUGCAAAGCCUAGACGACUGCUGCGUAUGUUGUGGUUCUUUAUAAUUCUUAGUGUGGUUUGGAUGUGCUUAUCACUUUGUUUGGUGAAUAUGAUGUUGGCCAAAGGUAACAUAAUAUUCAGAUGGAUGGAAACCAGUUCCUAUGAAGUAAACGUGGCUCUGAAGAUACUGAUGAUAAUUUGCACACUGAUACACGACAUGGUACAGGCGACCAUAAUAACUAGUUACUGUCUCCAAGCACAGCUACUCCAAGCUCACCUCAUGUUUUUAAAAGAACGUCUACUCAAUAGAACUAUGACUCCACUCAAUUGGAUGAGGGAAAUAGCAGAAUUCCGUAAAUUAUUGAAGUAUUUGAAUGACGAUCUAGCGCCAGCGAUAUGUUUAUUCACGAUGGUGAACAUCUCUUGGGCCAUAUCAGGAACUAUGUGGUUACUGAAUUUGGAUAAAGUGGACACCGAGACGGAACCAAUAAUUGGAAUUAGCGUUCUUAAUCAACUGUUGUGGAUAUCGGCAGCGGUCGUACCCUUUAUUCAGGCGGCUCGGUUGUCGAGAGAGUGCGCUAAGACUCAGUCCGUCGGGCACGAGCUGUGCGUCCGCCCGUUUUUACACCAGGACACGUCACAGGAAGACAUUACCACGAUAAUGCUAUACGCGUCGACGCUGCAACUGCACGCCAAACUGUUCCACUACCCUAUAGCCGGACGUUACCUCUAUCUCGCCGUUACCAUUAUCAUUAUCGUAUUAUUUUCAUUAGGAAUGUGUCAUUAUUUACAAUGAUUGUUAUCAUUAUUCGUUUUGUCAAUUAUUAUGAUUAUUUUGAAAUGAAAUAAAAUAAGUUACAUACAA